AUGCCGGAUUCGAGCCUUCCUCCUACGGCGACUCCAUUGGUGAUCGCAAUCUGUGGCGGUGGCAUCGCAGGCCUCAGUGCUGCAGUCACUCUUCAACGCCUUCCAAAUGUACAGAUCCAUGUUUUUGAGCAAGCCACCGCCUUCCGUGAGGUUGGAGCCUCCAUCGCACUCGGGCCUAAUGGGAUGCGCGGCUUGGAAGAGGUCGGUGCCCUGAGUGCUCUUACGGACGAUCUGGCAUUUCGAAGUACACAUGGGUUCCCUAUGUUGUAUCGCCAUUGGAAAUCCUUCGAAGUCCUCACCAAAGAUACUUUUGGCCCCGGGGUAACCAACCCACUGCACCAUACCGCUAGGUUCUACCGACCACACCUCCUCGCCGCCCUCAUAGAGAACAUCCGCCCUGAAGUCGUCCAUCUACAUCUCAAGAAGCGUCUUGUCGGCCUUGACGUGGACGAAGAAGGUGCAACUCUACGAUUUCAAGAUGGCGAAGAGUUCAAGGCGGAUUUAGUUGUUGGCGCUGAUGGCCUGAAGUCGAUCGUGCGACAAACCUACGAUCCAACCUUUGCACUCACCUUCACCGGCCAAAUUGUGCUCCGUGGCGUCUUUCCUAUAUCCCUGCUCGACGAUCUCCGGGAAGAGACACCGGACAUAGGUGAUUCAAUCCACGUCAUUGGUCCUGACAACCAUUUCUUUUCCUCCGCUAUGGGCAAGGGGACCUUCACUGUGGUCGGAAUGACUUAUGUCGACCCUGACAAACGAGACCCAGACAAGACACUCAUCUGGAACGAAGAGUCCGACCUGGAUACUUUCCGCUCUUACUACAAGGACUGGCAUCCCCACAUUCGCGCCAUCCUCGCCCGCACUCCCUCGAUCCAAGCCUACGAAUCCUGGGCCGCAGACUACGCCCCCCAACCAACUCACGCCGGACGCAUCCUCCUCAUCGGCGAUUCCUUCCACCCUCUUGGCGGUGCAUACGCCUCGGGAGGAAGUCUCGCCAUAGACGAUGCUCGAGCUCUCUACCUUUCCUUAUCUCACUUAAACGCUACCGAUCCUUCUGCCACUGCAAGCGAUAGGAAGGAAAGACUGGCCCAAUCCCUGGAAAUUUAUAAGGAGACAAGAAUGGCGCACAUUGAACAUGUCAUGGAAUUUGUGAGGAACUCGAGAAGGGCCAGCGCGAACAGGCCUGGGGAGAGUAGGAGUUGGAGUGAAGAGAAGAUUCAGGAGUGGGCGAGGGAGAAGAAGUCGGUUAGGUGGCUGCACGAGCAUGAUGUGCAUCAGGCGUUCUCGGAGGCUUUGGAGUAA